AUGGUUUUGGACUACAGCAAAUGGGAUGCUCUUGAACUGUCCGAUGAUUCGGAUAUUGAGGUUCACCCUAAUGUCGACAAGCGCUCCUUCAUUAGAGCAAAGCAGGCUCAGAUCCAUCAGCAACGGCAGCAGCGCCGUAUGGAGAUUGAGACGCUUAAGUACGAGCGAAUUAUCAAUGACGGUCUCCUCUCACGUAUAGAUAAGCUCCUUGCAUUGCUUCGCGAGCAUGAAGGAUCUUCACGGGAUCCUGAGGAGCUGGUCUUCCAAGCCGUGAUGGAGUCGGCAAGCAACCCCGCUGAAGACCAGGCACCUGCCCCACCAGAGGGCGUUCAUACACACGAAAAGGAGCAGCCAAAGUACUCUCAAAUGCUAAGUGCUUUAGUUGAUCAAGUUAAGAAGGAGAUCGGCGAGUCGAGUCCCGAUAACCGAUACCAGGCAUACAUCAAGGGUGUAGAAGGUCACCAGGACAAAGUUCAGGGGUUACAGAAAGAAUUGCUGGCUCGCCUUGCGCAGCUGGAGAAGGAAGAGUCCAGCAAGAUUACGAGCGAUAUGCUGCAUACUGGAUUCGACACAUCCUACGUAUCAAAAUCAAAGGAUAAGGGCAAGGCACCGGCUACGGCGAAAGCAGAAUCUGUGGAACUUCUAAAUCCACGUGCAGUACAAAAUGAGGCACCGAAAGCUGAUGAUAACGAGCAAGUCGACCCGGAAGAUGUCAAAGCGAGCGAUCUGGCGAAGAAGUUUGCUCGCAUCAACCGUAAUGACUAUAGGGCAUUGCUUCAAUUUAUCUCGGAACAUCCAGAGAUUGUCGCAGAGAAAGAGACAGAUGGCCUUCUAGUUGAAGCUUUCAACAGCCAGAUGGAAGGAAAUGAGGAGUAUGCUCGUCAGUGCGUACACCAGGGGCUGUUGUUGCAAUAUUGCCGUUCUCUAGGUCGAGACGGAAUCUCACUUUUCUUCAAGCGAAUCACGACGAAAGACCAUCAAGCGUCAACACUUUUCCGUAACGACGUGAACGAAACCUACAACAAAAUCAAAACCCGCGCAGCGGAACUUGCCAAAGAUAGCUCAGCUGCCAAUGACCCUGCUGGAGUAGAGCAGAUUCAAUUGCAUGCCGUGGAUCCCAACACCAAGAUCACUAUCAAUAUCCCGCCCGCAGACAGCAAUGACCCGGCAGAGAUUGAAGCUCGCAAGAUCUUCGAGUCUUUCUCGGAAGAUCUGCAGAAGGCAUUGGCCUCGGAAUCCCUUGAUAAAGUCAACAAGGUACUUGGUAAAAUGCCCGUUAACGAAGCCGAAGAAGUUGUGGAGAAGCUCGGGGCUGGCGGCUUGCUAAGCCUUGAGGAAGGCAUCGUUGACGCGACCACAGAAGAAGGCAGGAAGAAGCUUGAGGAAAUUGAAGCUGAGGGCAGAAAGGAAAAGCAUGUAGAAGAUAUUGGUGAACCUGGCGGAGAUGUUACCGAGUUGGAUUAA